AUGCUUUCGGACGUGAUCAACGUGACUGGACCUAAGAUUAUGACGAUCGCGAUCCUGCAGAGUCUCGGACAAUUGCUCGGUAGGACCGUCGAUGAUCGCGAUUAUGCACACACUAAGCGGCCCAAGCUGGUUGAUGAUGUUUUGAUCAUGCCCGGAGUCUCAUUCGCUGCUCUUCAAAACGGAAACCAGACAGAUCUAGGCGAGGCUCUUGUGUCGCAUCAUUAUGAGGGCUCGUGGAAGAAGGAGGACGCAGAAGCGAAGGAGCGGAAAAAUAGAAGGAAGAACAAGAACAGCAGCAAGGAUCAUGAUAACCACCAACACCUGCUGCCGCCUAAUGAGAAGUACGAUAAUGAGCGAAGGGCAGCGGGUUGCCUUGCUUGUCUUGUUCCUUUCUUUUUUUACUCACCCUCCCGGGAUGUCAUUUCUCUCUAG